AUGACGUACGGUUACAACGCAAACAUAUGGAAAGACACCGCAAUUGGUGGUGUGGAACAGCCCGUGUCCAAUCUCGUUCGUCUCCUACGACAGGAGAGAGUGAAGGCUAUCAAUCAGAUAUGCGAUACCAUUCCAACGCCUGCGUCCUGUUUUGUGAAAGGAUGUUUAUUUCUCGGUGUUCCUCAUAUAGGGUCCAAGGUUGCAACCGACUGGGCAACAGUUCUUGGCAGAUUUCAAGCCCUAGGGGUAGAAGCUGGGUACAUCAGAGAUCUCACAGAGAACUCCGACAAGUUGAACGAAAAUCUCGGACUUUUGAGCCUUACGGAAGCAACACAGAAUCACAGUCGAGAGCUGUUACGAGCAGAAGGAAAUGAAGGGCUACUAUACGUGGCGACUCCGCAUGAGUCAAACCAAUACAUUCCUUCUCCCAACACAACUGUAACAGAUUGUGGAACUGGAGUCGCCGCAAGUGCCAAUGAAAUACCGCUCAACAUUUCCUCAAUGAGUCUGCAAGAUCCUGCGAUGAAACCUCGUCGGUACAUGCCCGGAGCCAAAAGAGGAGAAAGUUCAAGAUCAGCUGGUACUCAGUCUCGCGAAGGUGCUGGAGGGAGCACACAUAACCACAAUUACCAACUUCAUAAUGGGCCUGGGCCUGGCUUAUAUGGUACUUAUAAUGAGAAAGCAAACUUCGGAACUGAACGUGCUCCAACUAUCUUUCUCUCUCAGAAGGUAGCUGAGUUUCUCCUCGCCACGGUAGCUAGUUCGGACGUAGACUUUGAGUUUCGCGACCUAACAGUGUCGUGGCAAAUCAGGCUUGCAGAUUUGUAUCUGCGGGGACCAAUUGGUGGCUCGGUGAAUGGGCUUAUUCUACUCAAGAAAGCGCAAAUCACCGUGGAGUCUAUGAAAGAACGAGGCGAGACCUAUCGAGAUCAAGGCAGAUUAUACUCUAUACACGCUGUGUUUCUGAUAAGGACGGGUCGGAACGAGGAAGCUCUAGUGAAUCUGGAAUUGGCUGUGAAGAUUCACGAGAUAAUCAAUGGCAAAGAGGACCACUCGACUCUACGCAGUUACUUUGAGCUCGGGGCACAUGCUCUUAAUCUUCGCCAUUUCGAAAAAGCCGAAAGGGCAUUGGCAGCAGUGAUUUCUGGGCUUGAAAAAAAUCAGGGCCCGGCAUCAUCGGACAUGAAAGACAUGAAAGCCCAGAGCUACAUGGCUAUGGCAAUGUUGCAUGAGAACAACGGCGAUCGGAAACAGGUGCUUUUUCAUAUUUCGAAACUGGAGGGGUUGGGUGAUUAUCUAACCGGUCAGUUUUACCAGUCUGAUCAGAGUACGAAGGUUAUGGCCAAUCAAUUUUUAACAUAUAUGUUUGGGAGAAUGGGGCGGAAAUGGAGGAUUGUCGAUGGGAAGCUUUGUGUUGGGGAAGACGAAAGGGGUAUAUCGAGCUUGAUUUCUUGAAGACAAGCUCGAAACAGCGGAUAUUUACAGAGAACCCUCUGGCGGGUUAAUAUUCAUCUUCUUCGGGUAUCGCUUGUAAGUAAGAACUUAGAAGCAGCGAAGACCAU